GAAAAAACGACAACCCUCCCACAGAUGUAUAACAGUAUGAGGCCUUAUGAUAAGGCUACCAUUAGAUCUAAGUAUAAAUAUCUCUAGUAAAGAAUUUUUGAAAGUUUAUAUAUAACUUUCAGUUUAGAAUGUGUUUUGAUUUCCCACUUUAAAAAAUUGUAAAUAUGAAAACGAAAGUAACGUGUUAGGCAGCGAGCUGAGAUGGAGUCGUCAGUGACACCCACGUUUGUGUCAUGUCCAGAGCUCGAAGUUUCUGAGAUUGUCAAAAGUUGGUUGUUGUCAAAAAACUACCAGGACAAUCUUAAAGAUAAACUGAAAUGUAUUAACAGUGCAAGUAAAUUGACUGAAAAGUAUAAAUCCUCAAUUUGUUUUGAAACCCUGGGACCUGUUGUGCAUAUCACGAGAGAAGCACUCUCAGAUGAAGAUCCUUUUGUGCGUUAUUCAGCAGCUAUAGCAUUGGGAGACAUCUUAAAUCACUUUGAUAAUACAGAUUUCACUCAAGUGAUCAAUGACAUGAUCUCAACCAUGUCAACAAUGCAGUGUGGACGGAGAGUGAGCAUUCUUGACUUACUGUGGCAUCAUCUCUCCAAGUCUGAGAGUAAAGAGAACUGUCUUGUAUCCGUGACAGUCCUAGGGCAGCAAUGGACAUACCUGUGUGAACUGUGUCUUUUUGACAGUCUUGUCGUAAAGCAUGAAUGUUCUUCUUUCCUCAUCAAACAAACCUCUGAAAAGGUUGUCAUGCACUGUGAAUUUCUCAGCUUAUGGAAAAGAAUGAUAAAAACAUGCGUUAACAGCAAACAAGAACAAAUCAUUGACUUUUUGAAACCAAUUUUUAAGUUGAUAUCAGUGGUCAGACCCAAGGUUCUAGAAAAUAGAUUGACAUUUCGGGCUGUGUUGAAAUUCAUUUAUGUUGCUGUAAAAAAUAUUGCCGAGAUUUCUGAAUUUGAGGGUGCCUCAAAAGACAUAAGCAUUCAGCUUGCAAAAACUUUAGUGGAUUGCUUUAGUUCUGAAUGGUUCGAAGACUUUCCAUGUGAUUUUAAAGAUGGAUUUGGAGGAGAAUUAACAAUAAAUUCAAACAAGCAACAAAGCUUCCUAAUUUGUAGAAUAGUUGGAAACAUCUGUGUUAAGCUGGUGUCAUUUGUACUAGGACUAGAUAUAGAUUCUGGUAGCAGAAAUUUAGCAUCAAUUCUCAGAGUCUUAAUUUCUCUAGAUACCUGGAUGGGUAGAACUUCACCACAAAAUCAUUUUCUCUGGGUUCCGGCUGUUUAUUCAGAACAAGAUGAUGCAUGGAUUAAUAUUUUAAUGACAUUGUUGGAAAUAUACAUCAACAUGAAAUCCAGAUUACAAGAUGAGGAAGCCUGCACUGUGAUUCAGGAUGCAUUAGAUAUGAUCCAACCCCACAAACAAUUUUUACUGUUUUUGGACACCACUGGAUUUGAUGACACCCUGAUUGUGGACCUCCUGAUAUCACCAGAGACCUGUUUCCUUACGUACUUUACUAAGUACCUAAGGCUGGUCUCUUCUGAAUGGACAGAAUUUGUUACCACACACUCUGAGUACACUGUAAGUACUUCAGUGAACAGAUUCAGCAAUAAGGAAAAGGUACACUUAGAGGAAGAAUUAUCUGACGGAGAUGAAGACACAUUAUCUGUUCAUAAAGAACUUGAUACUGUAAAACAUUCUGGCCCAGAACCUAAAAUAUCUGAUGGACUAACGUUACUUCAUCAGUAUGGGGAUGAUGAGGAGGAGGAGGAAAUUGCUGAUGAAGAUGAAGAGGAUACCAGUAUGGGAAAAACUCCUAUCCACAGCGUAAUUGAUCAUUCUAUAGAUUCUCAAUUUGAUGUUUUCCCCACACAAAGCAAUAAGUGUUUGGAAGAAACAAUGUCUGUGUUAAUUAGAGUUAGAUUUAAAAUAAAGAAAUACCAGGAUUCCAGUAUAUUACCAUAUGAUCCUACAGUUUUAAUUCAUUUAAUAGAGGAAGUGGAAGAAAUAUAUGAACAGUAAAUACUGCUAUCAUUGAGAAAUACAGAAAAAGAUACAAUGUAUGUAAUUUUAUGAAGAUUGUUUAUGCACAUCACUGUUUUUACUUUGAUAGAAGUCUGUGCCGAUUUUCUU